GAGAGAUAUUUUUUUUUCUUUAAAAAAUGUCGGGGAGAAAUUGAUAAACGAAAUGAGGUAGCUCCACGUACAAUAAAACGAGUCAAUUGGGUAUCCACCGCUUACGUGUAAUUAUCAUCCAUCUGCAGAGCAUCUCGACAGUGUCACUAUGGCAACUAAAAUUCACGAGUUCAGUGUGGAAAUGACCUGUGAAGGCUGCUCGGGGGCGGUCAAACGAGUUUUAGGAAAUAAAGCUGGUAUUGAAGAUGUAAAAAUUGAUUUGGAAGGAAAGAAAGUCUUCGUUACAUCGUCUCUCCCCUCCGAAGAGAUCCUCGAGUACAUCAAGAAAACUGGUAAAUCCACAUCCUUCAUUGGAGCCAAAAGUUAACUCCAGUUGCU